CAUAUGCUGACAGAGGCUGAGUCAGUGAGCCACUGUGCCCGCUCUGAAGGCUCUACUCCUGGGAGAGACAGACCCUCCAGCCCCCCGAGCCUGGAGGGUGGGGCCCACCACCCACCCACCACACACCCACACCGCACAGAGAAGGAGGAAAUGACAAGAGAGGAGAAAAGAAAGAUUUGGUGGUUGGUUGUCCCAGUCAACCGUUGUUCAGUGAUGACAUCAGGACCAUGUGACCAGGUCUAUCCAGUGACUGCAAGAGGAAGGAGACUAAGUUUAAAGCUGGUGUCUGUCUGUCUGUCGGGUAGUGUGAGGCUCCGCUCUCCUCGCCUCCCAGGAACCACACAAAAACACUCAGCCCUCUGGGUAACAGACAGACCUCUGGAGUGUAAAUGGUUAAUGUGAUCGGGUCAUCAUUAGUCGCAGGCGCUACGCAGAGCAACCAAGGACGUUCCAACGCGUCCAGACCUGGUCUGUACAUGUGGUCGUCUGAAUCCUUGAAACCAGAAAGAGUUUCUUGUGAUUGGUUUUGUCCUUUUCUCCGUGGUACGUGCUCUUGGUUCUCCGUGGUACGUGCUCUUGGUUCUCCGUGGUACGUGCUCUUAGUUUAGGAUCUAGAGGCCAUUGGUCAGGGGCCAGGGUUCACGCUAACCACAGUGGAACCACAAGGCUGAAUUUCACAGCAACCAGGAGGACUCAUGGCAUCUAACAGUCUAUUCAGUACAGUUCCACCAUGGCAACAGAACUUCUGGGAUCCCAGUGCCACGCGGAGAUUUAGCCCGCCGUCCAGUAGCCUCCAGCCGCUCCCGGCCAAGAUGAACGAGCUCAACACGCCGUCCGGGACCGGUCAGCAGGACAGCACGGUGCCAAGGCUGCGCCUGCAGGAGAACCGCAGCAUGGCAGAGAUCAUAGCGGACCACCCGGCCGAGCUGGUCCGGACUGACAGCCCCAACUUCCUCUGCUCUGUCCUGCCCUCUCACUGGCGCUGCAACAAGACGCUGCCCGUCGCCUUCAAAGUUGUGGCAUUGGGAGAGGUGACUGAUGGGACGGUCGUCACGGUGAUGGCAGGGAACGAUGAGAACUACUCGGCGGAGUUGCGGAACGCAUCUGGGGUGCUGAAGAACCAGGUGGCUCGCUUCAACGACCUGCGCUUCGUGGGCCGCAGUGGACGGGGAAAGAGCUUCACACUGACCAUCACAGUGUUCACCAACCCUCCUCAAGUAGCAACGUACCAUCGAGCCAUUAAAGUCACUGUGGACGGACCCCGUGAACCAAGGAGACAUCGUCAGAAGCUAGAGGAGUCUCCUAAAACAGUGCUAUUCUCAGACCGUCUCAGUGAGCUGGAGAGGAUCAGACAGACAACCAUGAGAGUUGCCAUGCCGACACAACCCCAACGACAGCCACUCAACGCCGGACCCAACUCCUUCAACCACCAGGGACAGACACAGACACCAGACCCUCGCCAGUCUCAGUCAUCUCCUUCCUGGUCCUAUGAGCAGUCCUACCCGUCCUACCUGAGUCCUAUGACCUCCCCGUCGGUCCACUCCACCACGCCCCUCUCCUCCAGCCGAGCCACCGGCCUGCCCAACAUCACUGACCUGCCCCGCCGCCUGCCAGGUUCGUCAGAUCUCAGUCCGUUCCCAGGUCAGUUUGAGCGUCAGUUCCCGGGUCUCUCCUCUCUGACGGAGUCCGGUUUCUCCAGUCCCAGAAUGCACUACCCCACCACCUUUACCUACACCCCUCCUGUCACCUCCGCCAUGUCGCUAGGCUCCGCCCACUACCACCCCUACCUGCCACCUCCCUACCCCGGGUCCACCCAGAGUCAGAGUGGACCGUUUCCGACCAGCAGCGCUCCCUAUCUCUACUAUGGACCAUCCUCUGGGUCGUACCAGUUCUCCAUGGUUCCCGGGGGGGACCGCUCCCCCUCCAGAAUGGUUCCUCCCUGCACCAGCGCCUCCACCGGUAGCUCCCUGGUUAACCCUAACCUGCCCAGCCAGGCAGAUGGAGGGGUGGAGGGGGACGGGAGUCACAGCAACUCCCCAACUGUACUCAACUCUGCUGGGGGACGCAUGGAUGAAGCUGUUUGGAGACCUUACUGAGGAGAAAAGGGAAGGAUG